AUGAUGGAUUACUCAAAGGCGCAAAUGUCAAGCUCACUUGAGCAGAGCGGUCCACCGUCUGGUAACGCUGCAGUGAAGCUGGAGGCAAUGAUGGAGCAUCUGCAGAGACAACAGGAGGCCAAACUGGAGAUGAACCUGCAUGAGAAGCAACUUCUUCACGCCCAGCUCCUCUUUGCUCAACACGCCGCUGCAGCCAGAGCCUCUGGCUCCAGAGUAGACUCUGCAUUAUUUGGCAAAGCAGAUGGACAGACUUACCAAGCGGCUCAACAGGCUUUGAGCAGCCAUCUCAGCAGAACAAAUCCAGAUGAGGAAGAUGAAGACUCGGAUGAGGAGGGACAGGAAAUGGUGGAGCCUGAAGAAAAUGACGAGGCAGAGGAAAACAAUGAGGAGGAGAUGGAGGACGGGCCUCAUCAGCAGGCACAGAAGCCUCAGCUCCAGCAGGUUGCAGGCUUCCCAUUCCCUCCUUAUUCUACACCACAGACAUCUGCAGUGAAGCAAAUGUCCCAAUCUCCACCCCCGGCAAUAAAACAGGAGCAUGAGGAGAAGGAGCUGCUGUCUCCUGCAGGCCAGCACGCCUUUACAUCACCUAAUGGCUUCGCUGACUGGGGCUAUGAUGAGCCAUUUAAACAAAGAGGAAGUGCCGUCUGGGCUGAGGACAACGAUGGAGGAAGAGGAAGAGGAGAACCAUCUCGGGACUUUGCCAAGCUUUAUGAACUGGAUAACGACCCACAACGGAAGGAGUUUCUGGAUCAGCUGUUUGUCUUCAUGCAGAAACGAGGAACUCCUGUCAACCGCAUCCCCAUCAUGGCGAAGCAGGUGCUGGACCUGUACAGGCUUUACAAGCUUGUGACAGAGAAGGGAGGCCUGGUGGAGGUUAUUAACAAGAAGAUCUGGAGGGAGAUCACCAAAGGUCUCAACCUCCCCACAUCCAUCACCAGCGCAGCCUUUACCCUCCGUACCCAGUAUAUGAAGUACCUUUACGCAUUUGAGUGUGAGAAGAAGGGUCUGAGUUCUCCAGGUGAGCUGCAGGCCGCCAUCGACAGUAAUCGCAGAGAAGGCCGACGUCCCAGCUACACCAGCAGCUUGUACCGUUACUCUCCGUCACCGAGCUCCGCUCAACACGCGCUCCUAUCUUCACCCACGAUGCAAACCACCCCGACCAGACACAACAGCCUGAAUGCAUCCGCCAGCCCGAAUCUAAAGAGAAGCGCAGAUGAGAUGUCAACCCCUGUGAUGCCCAGCCGGCUGCCCAUGGCUCUGGCUCUGGGGCAGCAGCAGCAACAACAGCUAGCACAAGCUGCCACGUUAGAGCAUUUCAGAGAGAGACUAGAGCAAGGAGCUGGAAUAGCUGGUGGAGCUGCAGCUGACGGUCCAGAGAAGAAAAUGAUGCGGAUGGCGGAGGAGCAGCAGCGCCUCAUGCAGCAGGCCCUCCAACAAAACCUCCUGGCCUUGGCGUCUCAUUUUAACCCCAUGAACCUCAAACUUAACAACGGACAGGAGAGCAAACAGGAUUUGUCUCUGAGUAUCUCCACUAACGGAGCAGCCAGUAUCAGCGUGUCUGUGGAGGUCAAUGGCACUGUUUACUCAGGAAUGCUGUUUGCCCAGAAGUCAGCUGCUCCUGCAGCGUCACAGGUCAUAACUGCGGCAGGAACAAAUGGUUUCAGUGCCCUGUCCUCUUCACACAGUCCCUCCUCUUCAUCUUCCAACUCCUCAAAGGGACCAAAUUAAGCCUCACUGGUCUUUAAAUCUGUCCUCAGCUAAAUGCAUACUUCUCUCUAGUUGCAGCAGUUGACCAUCUGUUUGUUCAGUCAGGCAGUGCAGUCUUUUGGGAAGGUCAGCCGUAACACAUCGCCAUAACAAAUCUAGCAUUGUUUUUCCAUUAUUUUGACAGCGUAACGUGUUUUAAAUAAGUCUAACUGAGAGGACAUUGAUGUUAAACCUCAAAGGCUCAAACUGACCAUAAUAUAGAUUCAGAUCACGGUUUACCUUUGUGCCUGUAAGAAGCUUUUUCUUUAAAAAAAUGUAGUGGCAUUCAUGUCUAAAAGGCUUUACAAGGUUUGUUCUGAAGUGUCUUUAUAUCCUCUUUGGGUGUCAACUGCAUUUAUAUCUAAUUAUCGAACAGUUGUGUAGCUGCCUUUUUCUAUAGUAGAGCAGUGUGGUUGCCAAAGUGCAGCUAAUGGAGACCAAAAAGCCUUAGCUCAGUGUCAUAGCUGCUGUCUGUAACUGUUUUGCUGAAGCCAUUUUGUACCCAAACAUUUGGUUUAAUCCGAGUGAAAGCUUCCUACUUUUAAUAGCAGCUUUCAGGGAUUAUGUACAGUACAUCAUCUGUUUCCUAAAUUUGUUGCAGGUUGGUUGAAUUUUUUUAUGUUUUGUAUUGUGUUUCAUUUUAUUUUUUUAUUUAAUCAUUUUGGCUCGGCCUUAAAAUUACAGACAUAUAUUAUUUUCAGCUGUGAAUCAAAGGCAAUCACCUCAGUCGACUUCCAAUGUUGGUAAGUUUCUCGGGAAUUUCUUCUGGACUCAGGAAUGUCCUCUGGACUCGUCGUUGUUAUAUCUCAUAGUAUGUUGCUGUGUUGUAUUUGCAUUAUCGUAGAGAAUGUAUCGCCAAUGACCUCAAGCUUUUGACAAGUGAACACUGAAACAGUGCUACCUCACUCUCUCUUCUGGAGAAAUAUGCAAUACUUAAUGCAGCAUGUGUUGAUUUAGCCAUCUGCUGAAAUAAACUGUAAGUGGACAAUCAAGUAGACAUAUCAAUCAUGCAAGCAAGUGUCACUGUGAACUUCAAAAACCAAGGUUGGUGUUGAACUCUGUUUUGGUCUUUGAUUAAUGUAUUUCUUGGACAUGUGGCCAUGAGGAAUAAAACAAUCUUGUGUGCUGUAAAAA